CUGUGGCUCGUCACUUGCGCACUACGACUUGGACGAGUUUUCACUCCCAGAGGUGCUAACGGUUGUAAAAUGUAUAAUGGGUAAAAUCAGUAUGAUUAUCUUGGUCAUGUUUGUGCCUUACUUCUAUAUGAGACAUGAAGAUGAUAUGCAUCCGUUUAUUCUUAUCUCAGAACUCCAGAGGAAGUAUAGUGAGAAGCUUGCUAAGGAAACAGAAAAGCAUGGCAGAAAACCUGGCCCAGUGUACGAUGGAUGCAAUAUGUGUGUGUGGAAGUAUUGCUCUCCAUCCACCCAAGAGCUUAAUGCGUUUAGGUUUAGCGAGAGUGACGAUGCCAAACACCUGUUUGAGUGUUUUGGGGCGGUUCUUACUGAUAGAGAUUGUAUCAUCAAAAUUCUUGCCAAGCGAUCUGAAAUACAAAGAACGAUUAUACUCAACCAGUUCCAACAAAUGUAUUCAAUGGACUUUUCAGACAAACUAACCGAUCGGCUUAAUAAAUAUCGGUCGACAACGUUAUUAACUAAUCUGGGUACUCCUCUGCCACUAUUCUUUGCUAGUCAGUUCCGCGCCGGUUUUGAAAAACUAAAAGUACAACGCACAAAGGUCGAAGGUACUUUUACAAGAACCGAAAUCUUGGAAUUAUUAACGAGCCUUCCCAACUGUAUGCUUAGAAAGGUCAAGUCCGUGUAUGAUGCCAAAUAUGUACAGACAUCAUUUCUUCGCGAUUUGAAUGAAUCUUUUAAAUUAAUGCCUAAGAGUGAAUACAUUGAAGUUGUUGUCGCCUUGGCAAACACAGGAAGGGACGAAAUGACUAGUUGGUUCGCGGCUUGGAAUGAUGCGAAAACACUACGUAGGGCUGUGAAAGACCAACACUUCAACAAAAUCAAGGAAAGGUCUAAGGAGAUAUUUACAACACGUUCGUUGUAUCAAUUAAGGGAUACUCUAAUCAUUUAUGAUAAGCUAAGGCAAAACGAUGAAGGGUAUAGCACGAUUUUUGACGAUUUCUAUCACAAACACGAGAAUGCUGUGGAGAUAUAUUCGACUGUUUCUAAAAUCGCUCUAGAUCAUAACACAUACUUCGCAGGCGUCAUAGAGAACACUUUGAAAAAUGACAAAGAUCCGUCCAGAUUCAUGAGCAUCAUUAGAGCUCGAUGUGGUAUUGAUUUAAAAGAUAUCGCCGAUGAGUAUGAGAAGAUCGUAGGUGAGUCUAUGAUUGAUACAUUGAAUAAACAUGAUAAUAAAAAAGGUGACGAGCUUACAAACUUGGGAAAUACAGUGAUGACAAUACUCAAUGGUAGAACAGCCGAAAAAGAAUAAAUUGAGGUUUAUGAAAUGCCCAUCGAGAAUAAAUAAAUUUGAAAACUA